AUGAUACCGCCGCUAAAGGUGCCAGGCAGUGACGCCUCGCCUGCGGAAAGCAAUCUAGAGAAGGUCAAUCUGCUCCGUGAGGUUUUCUUCCCUCAGCCACCGCAGGCGGAUCUCUUGGACCUCAGCAGCAGCCGCCGCCUAUAUCAUCGUCCUCUGAUUGACUUCCCUGGCGUGACAGAGCAGGAGAUCUCUGAUGCUAUUCACAGAGCACCGCCAGACAAGGCACCUGGUGAGGAUGGUCUCCCUAACCGCGUGUGGAAGGUGCUGGCCGCCCUGUGCAACGAAUUCGUUCCAGUCGUGGCCAGGGUCUUUGACGCGUUGGUGGCAGCCAGGAUUGCCUGGGCAGUGGAUGAAUUCAAACUGCUCCCUGACAGCCAUCUCGGGGGCCGAAAAGGCAUCUCGAUUGACCAUGUUAUUCAGCUGAUUCUCUACCGCAUUCAUAAGGCGUGGGGAAACGGCCGAAAGGUGUCAAUGAUCCUGCUAGACGUGGCGGGAGCAUAUGAUAAUGUCUCACAUGAGAGGUUGUUAGCCAAUAUAACUCAGCUCGGCCUUGGUUACUUCACGCCAUGGAUAACGUCAUUCCUAUCAGGAUGGAGCACCAGGAUCAAAGUGCCUGGUUAUCUCAGUGAGGCGUUCCCAACGCCCACAGGGAUUCCUCAGGGCUCGCCGCUCUCCCCAAUUCUCUUUCUGCUCUUCAACUCCCCGCUAAUCCAUGCCUGCUGCCAACAACUGGGUGAGGGAACAACUGUAGGAUAUGGCUGGGUGGACGAUGCAGCUAUUAUAGCAGUAUUAGAAUCCUAUUACGUCAAUGUACAGCUCCUGCAGAAGGCCCUGGAUAAGGCAGAACUAUGGGCAAGGAGGCAUGCAGCCAAAUUCGCAGCGGACAAGUUUGAACUUAUUCACUUCACCAAUCCGAGAAUCAACCAGGACAGCACACCGACCAAUGACCACACCAACACUGAACCUGGAAUUCAGACCGAUAUUCGAUCCAACGGCCAAGCCGACGACCAUUCAGUGGAUAUAUACGACUUUGCAGCUUGCCACCCAGAAGGCAAUGACCGAAUGCUAGUCUACACCUCUGGAUGCCCAAUUCAACCUAAGGAACAUGCUAAAUAUCUAGGAAUCUGGCUGGACAAAUGUCUCUUAUUUGACAAACUUAGAAGACAGCUGAUCGCGAAGGCCAACGGCAGUUUGGACGCUCUGCGCGGAAUCUCUGGCUCCACAUGGGGUGCCUCGCUGCUGGCGAUGAGGAAGGUCUACCAGGCAGUAGUGGUGCCACAGAUGCUCUACGGACUAUCAGCCUGGUACUGCCCUGCCACAGGGGCCCUUCCCGCCGCGGAAAGGAACCGUGUGAUAGCGGAGUUCACCAGGGUCCAAAAACGUGCGGCGAUCUUGAUCAGUGGGGCUUUCAAGAGCACUAGUGCGGAGACGCUCAAUGUGGAGCUUUUUAUCCAACCAAUCCAUCUCCAGAUGCAACAAAACAUUGAGGAAGCAGCUAUCCGCAUACAGACAGGGGCGCGCUGGGCUCAGCCAGCAUGCCUGUACCAGCAAAGGAAGGCAAAGCAGAGACGUGGAGGGUGGAGCCCACUGGAAGAUCUACGGUGGAAGAGAAAUGAGGGGCACUCCCUGAGUUCUCAGGCCCCUAGCCCACAGAAGUGGGAGACGUGGAAGGCCUUCAUAUUAGCGCCAUGGGAGGCACGGAUCCCAUGCGUUAUUGAAGAUGCAGAGGCAGCGCGAGCCUCGCAUGACCAGAUUGAGAGGGAACUCCUUGAUUGGGAGUGUGAGCGUACUUUUGACCGGUUGCAGGACGAUCUCCAACAUCUCCAGGAGACCCAGCAACUCCAGGAACACCAAGAUAUCCAACACCCACAGAUUAUCCGACAGCCCUCAGAUGCCAACCGCCCCCCGACGGUCUCGUCCUUCACCGAUGGUAGUGGCUACGAAGGCCAUGUGGGUGCCUCCGCGGUUGCCCCGCGCACAGGCAUCUUUGAACGAAGACAUCUCGGUUCCACAGAGGACUCUUCAGUAUACGUUGCUGAGCUCAACGGCGGCCAGUACAUGCUCGCACGCAUAUAUGAUCAUGUACGGGCCCUCCGAUCAACUUCUCACACACCCACGUCCGGCCAGAUUCCCGCCGUUGAGAUCCGUUGGAUCCCCGCACAUGUGGGCGUGCAUGGUAAUGAAGCAGCUGACGUUGAAGCUAAGGUUGCUGCGGAGAACGGAGAUGGGGCGAAGAAUAGUGCUCCCGAAGCAUAUCGCCUUGCCUCCUCAGCGAGGUGCUGA